AUGACUGGUGGAGUGAAAUUUUUUAGCCCAUUAAUUUUCUUGAUCUUAUUUUGCACAUUGGCUACAGUUUCAUUGGCUUCCCUAAAAGUCGGUUAUUACCAAUAUAGCUGCCCUUCUGCAGAGGCAAUUGUAAAGAAAGCAGUGCACAAAGUUGUCUCAAGAAACCCUGGCAUAGCAGCAGGCCUCAUUAGAAUGCAUUUUCAUGAUUGCUUUGUUAGGGGGUGUGAUGCUUCGGUGCUGCUUGAUUCAACACCAGGUAAUCCUGCAGAGAAGGAUAAUCCAGCAAACAACCCGAGCUUGCGUGGAUAUGAAGUGAUUGAUGAGGCGAAGGCUGAACUUGAGGCCAUAUGCCCACAAACAGUCUCGUGCUCAGAUAUCAUAGCAUUCGCUGCUCGCGACAGUGCUCAUGUUGUUGGUGGAAUAAAAUAUGCGGUGCCAUCAGGGCGUCGGGAUGGAAGAAUAUCCCUAAAAGACGAGCCAGAUCAGGACCUUCCUCCUCCUACAUUCAAUGCCAAACAGAUUGAAGAAAGGUUUGCGCGAAAAGGCCUUUCGUUACAAGACAUGGUGACCCUUUCGGGAGCACAUUCCAUUGGAGUUUCACAUUGUUCUUCCUUCUCGAAACGUCUCUACAAUUUCAGUUCAACUCGUCCACAAGAUCCUUCAUUGGAUCCUAUGUUUGCUAGAGAAUUGAAGAGAAAGUGUCCAUCAAAUGCUGCAAAUGAUCAAACUGUGCCACUUGAUGUGCUGACACCAAACAGUUUGGACAAUAAAUACUAUAAAAAUUUGAAGAAUCAUCAAGGGGUGUUAACAUCUGAUCAGACUCUUAUGAGUAGCCCAUCAACGGCUGGGAUUGUGAGGGAAAAUGCCAAGAAUGGAAUGGCUUGGAAACAUAAGUUUGCAGCUGCAAUGAUGAAGAUGGGAUACAUAGAUGUCGUAACUGAAGCAAUUGUAAAGAAAGCAGUGCACAAAGUUGUCUCAAGAAACCCUGGCAUAGCAGCAGGCCUCAUUAGAAUGCAUUUUCAUGAUUGCUUUGUUAGGGGGUGUGAUGCUUCGGUGCUGCUUGAUUCAACACCAGGUAAUCCUGCAGAGAAGGAUAAUCCGGCAAACAACCCGAGCUUGCGUGGAUAUAAAGUGAUUGAUGAGGCGAAGGCUGAACUUGAGGCCAUAUGCCCACAAACAGUCUCGUGCUCAGAUAUCAUAUCAUUCGCUGCUCGUGACAGUGCUCAUGUUGUUGGUGGAACAACAUAUGCGGUGCCAUCAGGGCGUCGGGAUGGAAGAAUAUCCCUAAAAGACAAGCCAGAUCAGGACCUUCCUCCUCCUUAG